UCAUCUACUAAUCUUGAUUAGUAACACUGAAACUGGGUGCUAUGGAGAAACCGACUGCACGCGCGGGUACGCGCACACAGCACACAAAAAGCGCGCGCCGAGCAAUUUUCGUUAUGGACAGAUUUUUUUACGCACACUCGUGUCACGCAAGCACCUGUCUUUCUUGAGAUGGUAGGCUACGGAGUGCGGAUAGAUAAGCUACCAUGCAAGUGGACUAUGCAUUUUUUUGUGGGAAAUAUUUUUAUGAUGAACAGGAGUUUAGGGUGGAUUUGCGUAGCCUACUGAAAAAAAAAAUUCCGGCUGGCCUCUCAACUCCACAAUCUUUGGAUGAGAAGAUGUUCAGAAUCUGAUAGAUUUACCAGAUAGGUAUGACAGCAAGACUACAAUUUUUUUUUAAAUAUGCGCCUUUGAGUUUUUUUCUUUCGAGGCAUCUAACGUUAUAUUGAUAAUGCAAGCAAGCAUGCUUUUAUAUAUGUUCUGAGUUAUUUAUCAGGCUACAUUGAGUGGAAAAAUUCUCAUGAAUUUUCAAGAGUCAUUCGGUUUUUCCUUUUUCAUCAGUGUGGUAUAGACUAGCCCAAUGAGACUGAAGUGCAACUGGCCCCAAGAUAUAGAUAGGUCUGAGUACUGCGCAAUGAACUAACCAUUCAAGUUGUCCAAAUUGCUUUAUUUACGUUUUGUAAAGAUAUGGAUGAGUCAACGUCAUUGGAUAUCGAGGCCCUGAAGAUGACUGAGGAACAGUACGUACUGGAGGCCCAGUCGGGCCAUCUUCAGCAGCCCAGGUGCGACGCUGUCGACACCGUGGGACUCUAUGGGUGGAGGAAGAGAUUCCUCUACUUUUUCCUCUCGCUGUUGCUGGUCAUAAUGAUGGUCAACCUGGCCUUAACUGUGUGGAUAGUAAAGGUCAUGCAUUUCACUGUGGACGGAAUGGGAAACCUUCAGGUGAACGGGGAAGGGAUACGACUGGAGGGAAUAUCGGAAUUUCUUCUUCCCCUUUAUGUGAAGGAGAUCCAGUCAAGAAGGGCAAGCCCAUUGGUCGUGCGGUCGAAGAGAAACGUGACCAUAAACGCUCGAAACGACCAAGGCCAACUCACUGGACAGCUGACAGUGGGUCCCGAUUCAGUGGAAGCACAGUGUCAGAGAUUUGAGGUGCGAACCAGGGAUGGAGGGAAGGUGCUGUUCUCUGUAGAUGAAAAGAAGAUCAGCAUAGGAACAGAUACAGUCAGAGUAACUGGCUCAGACGGAGGGGUCUUUGGACACUCUGUGGAAACGCCACACAUCCAGGCAGACGCCUCUCAAGAUCUGAAACUUGAGUCUCCAACAAGGACCUUGACCAUGGAGGCUCCCAGAGGGGUAGAGGUCACUGCAGCCAGGGGGAAACUGAAGGCCACAUGUCGGAAAGACCUGGAACUCCAGUCAACAGAGGGAGAGAUCUUUUUAGAUGCAAACGCGAUCCGACUGGGGAGCUUUCUUCCACUUGGUGUCUACUCCCCGUCCUCAGACGCAGCUUCUCAGAAACAGACUGUGUACGAGCUGUGCAUCUGCCCCAACGGCAAGCUGUACCUCUCCCCCGCCGGCAGCAGAUCCAGCUGCUAUUCCACAAGCAACGUCUGUCUCUGGAACUGAUAUAAAGAACACUCUUCCACCACCUGUGAUGUUCACUGCUGCUCCAACAUCAAUAAUAGCAAAACAAGGACAGGGGAGACACCUUGGCCCCGUCCAGAACACUAGCACCUAGCUCUAACUUGAUGUAGACCUGUCAAGUAUAAGCUAUAUGUAACAUUUCACCCAGUCUAUCAGAGGGCAAGUUGGACCUACUACCAUGGUACUAAUGGUUCACGUGCUGUUGGAGUUUUCAGAAGUUUGGAAUUCCGACUGGGAAGUUUCACUUGAGCUAAAAUGUUUUUUACCCGAGGUGCCGAGUUCACGUCUGACCUUUCACCGCUGACCUUUUCACCUUUUCAACCAAAAGAUGACAACAAAUCGUUUUUUUGAACAUUUACAAAUGUAUCAAUGUGAAUAACGCAACUAGUUAGACCAUAUUUUAAAUGUUAAGCAAGCUAGCUAACUUUAUUGUUAGCAACGUUUAGCUAAAAUCUUAUUGUUUGUAGAUUGUUCCAGACUUCAAAAGCAUUUGAACACAAUCGUGUCGAAUAUUGGACCACAAGCACAUGAUGCCCUAUCCAAUACUUUCAGAAAUACAUGAGUGAAGGGGCUAGGGGUUAGAGUGAAGGCGCUAUGGGUUGUUACUGGACUGGGACCAUGUUUCAGAACAGCUGAGCCCAGAGGGCGGAGCUUUGUUUUUGUACUGCAUUUUGUUUCUAUACUGGAUUCAAUGACAGUGAUAUGACAGACUAA